CCCGAGCUUCCGCAAGUUCCGUUCUGCUGGUUUGUCGUGCAAGCUAGUCAGUACCUAAGGUAGAGUCCGACAGCGCAAACCAAAUCGCCCAAGGAAGAAAAAAAAAAAAAAAAAGAUAGUCCUAGAGAACUUAAAGCAGUUCAGGACAAACAUCUCUAAACCCGUCGUGUUUGCAGCAACGAGUCCAAAGAAACAUAGCUGCACCAUCUUCGAGUCGCAAUCGUUGACCUGCAGUUCCAUUAGAGCUCGCCGACAACUUGUCACGUCUGUCUGGUUGUCCGUUGUGGCAUCCUUUCUACGUUGGCGAACGCCCACCACAAGAAUCUGAACAUCGGAUCAAAACCCUCACUUUGCAGCGUACCUAGCGACCGAGCUACCUCCGACAGACUCUCCCAUUCACCCCUUCAACAGUCACACUGGCGCUCCAAGACUCCAAAAUUUUCGGCGCAGCAUCCGAAGCUGUGGCCAACAUGGCCCAGCCAAAUGCCGAACCUGUCGAGGAAGAAUACGACUAUGAAUCCCUUCCACCCAACUUCUCCCUGGUGCAAAAUAUGGCGGCCGGCGCCUUCGCCGGAAUAGCCGAGCACACUGUCAUGUACCCGAUAGACGCGAUCAAGACAAGAAUGCAAAUCGUGGGCGCCCCAGGCUCAACUGCCGCCUACAAGGGCAUGGUGGAGGGAACCUACAAAAUUGCUCUAAGUGAGGGCGUGCGAAGUUUGUGGCGCGGCAUGUCCAGUGUAGUCGUAGGAGCAGGACCGGCACAUGCCGUAUACUUUGCGACCUACGAGGCUGUCAAGCAUUUUAUGGGAGGAAACAAGGCUGGCGAACACCACCCGCUCGCAGCUGUCACGAGCGGAGCCUGCGCAACCAUUGCAAGCGAUGCGCUCAUGAACCCCUUUGAUGUCAUCAAGCAAAGAAUGCAGAUGAAGGGCUCCAGCAAGAUCUACCGAUCCAUGCCCGACUGUGCCAGGACAGUUUACCGCAACGAAGGACUCGCCGCAUUCUACGUCUCCUACCCGACCACCCUCUCUAUGACAGUCCCCUUUACGGCUCUCCAAUUCCUGGCCUACGAAUCGAUAUCGACCUCGAUGAACCCUACGAAGAAGUACGACCCCAUGACACACUGUCUGGCCGGUGGUGUGGCCGGUGGCUUCGCAGCCGCGCUCACGACGCCCAUGGACGUCAUCAAGACCAUGUUGCAGACGAGGGGUGCGCAUUCCGACGCCGAGCUGCGCAACGUGAACGGCUUCAAGGCCGGCUGCAAGCUGCUGUACGCUCGUGAGGGGUUCGCCGGUUUCUUCAAGGGUGUACGCCCGCGUGUUGUAACCACCAUGCCCAGCACCGCCAUCUGCUGGAGUGCUUACGAGGCCUCAAAGGCCUGGUUCGUGAGCCGCAACAACAGCUUGGAAUAGAAUGCCCACCUGACACGUUCGACACCGCUUGACACAUCACCUCACCUCCCCUGAGGAUCUACCAUAAAGACUUGCAGCUGCGCGAAUUUGGCUUGCAAAAGCCCCCGAAACGCGGUUCUGGCCGAUUCCCGGAGGCCGCCACUCUCAGCUUCUCUGGCCCCGCAUCUCUAGGUACAAAAAGAGGAGCCAACCCGCCUACAUAUCACUUGCUGCAGCAAAUUUGCCAUUGGGCACUAAAGAAAAACCACAAUUGACGAAAGUGGAACAGUCGAUGAUGGAAAAGAACUUCACAGUUCAAGAAAAAAAGAAGCAAGGAUAUAUAUUAAAAAAAAAAAAGCUUGGUUUCGGUCAUGUAGAAAUGGGAAGUCAUCUGGAAAGGGGAAGUUUCUGUAAAUAAUAGGUUCUUUUUUUUCAUUCAUAAUUCGCCUUUUUGUUUUCGAUAUUUUGCAAAGCUGUCCCAGCAACGCUGGACGAUAGAGAGAGAAGAAAAAAAGAGACUCAAUUACCCCCGAGAGACAAUCUAAAGAGACAAGGGUAUUUGUUGACCGUUAUAUCACUGUUCAUUCUACUCAUCGCGGUAACCACUUAGACUACCUAGACACCAAAACUCCCCAAAAUCAAAUAAUGGAUAUGGGCGUGAUACGUUAUUUCGA